AUGUCCCUUAGCCCCGCGCACGCCCUAUUCUUUCCGGCCUUGCGAGGGCUGGCUUCUCCUCGACGGCACCCAAAAACAACUCUAAAGGAGCGCCUGGCGGAGCUCAUUCCAGCGGAAAUUGAAAACGUCAAGCGAGUGCGUGCUGAGCACGGCAAGAAGGCGUUCGGACCCGUCAUUGUCGACCAACUAUACGGCGGUAUGCGGUCUCUGCCUGCUUUGAUCUGGGAUGGCUCCGUGCUUGAUGCUGAGGAGGGUAUCCGUUUCCGUGGCAAGACGAUUCCCGAGUGCCAAGAGCUUCUCCCGAAAGCUCCCGGGGGUUCUGAACCUCUUCCCGAGGGUCUUUUCUGGCUUCUCCUUACUGGCGAAAUCCCUACUUCGGAACAAGUCGCCGAGCUUUCCAAGGACUGGGCUGCGCGUGCCGCCAUUCCCGAGUUCGUCGAGGAGAUCCUCGACCGCUGCCCUCCGACCCUCCACCCGAUGAGCCAGUUCUCUCUCGCCGUAACUGCGCUCAACCACAACUCGGCCUUCGCCAAGGCAUACCAAGAUGGGAUCUCGAAGAAGGAGUACUGGGGGCCUACGUUCGAGGAUUCAAUGGACCUCAUUGCAAAACUGCCCAACAUUGCUGGCCGAAUCUACCGCAAUGUCUUCGGACAGGGCAAACUCCCUGCUAUUGACGCCAAUAAGGAUUACUCGCACAAUCUGUCGACUCUGCUCGGCUUCGGUGAUAACGAGCAGUUCGUUGAGUUGAUGCGUUUGUACAUCACUAUCCACAGUGAUCACGAGGGUGGAAACGUGUCUGCGCAUACCGGCAAGCUUGUCGGCUCUGCUUUGUCCGAUCCUUUCCUCGCCUUUGCCGCGUCGUUGAACGGUCUUGCGGGUCCUCUGCACGGCCUGGCCAACCAGGAAGUGCUGCUCUGGCUGAGCAAAAUGCAGAGCCAGAUCGGUGUCAACGCUUCUGAUGAGGCUGUCAAGGAGUAUGUCUGGUCUACUCUCAAGGGUGGCCAGGUUGUCCCUGGCUACGGACACGCCGUCCUGCGCAAGACCGACCCCCGCUACACCGCCCAGCGCGAGUUUGCUCUGAAGCACUUGCCUGACGACCCUCUCUUCAAGCUCGUGGGCCAGAUCUACAACAUUGUGCCCGAUAUUCUGCUCGAGGCUGGCAAGGCCAAGAACCCGUGGCCCAACGUCGAUGCCCACUCGGGCGCGCUGCUGACCCACUACGGAUUGACCCAGAUGCAGUUCUACACUGUGCUGUUCGGAGUUUCCCGUGCAUUUGGUGUUGCUGCCCAGCUGAUCUGGGACCGUGCUCUCGGCGCUCCUCUCGAGCGGCCCAAGUCGUAUUCGACCGCAGCGAUCGAGAAAAUGUUCAAAGACAAGUCGUAGAGUAGUAGCUUGUUGUAUUACAUACACGGAGCAAUUUAGACCCAGCGGAGAAAUACUGUCGUCUGUCACACAGCUUCCUUUUCCA